UGGAGCACCAUAUCGAAAAGCGCAAUAUCAUUCAAAUAUAGCUAACAACAUUAAGAAUAUCUCUGCCAAGUCUGUGCAAGUGCAAGUGGUGAACCACCUUACGUGAUCAGUCCCCACCGUUCGGCCGAUCUAUGUCCGGUUGAGUGGGCAGUAGCUGAUGGCCGUGGCUGCGGCUGGAUGCGUGGCCGCGUACCUCAGACGCGCGCGGAGCCCUGGCACCGCGCGCUAGGCUUCCGCUGCUGCUACCUCCGAGGCCUGUCUUGCCUUGAUAGCGCAUACGUCAACGCGUCGACGUGGCGCAGCCCGCAGGAGCAGGCGCGGAAAACAACAUGGAUGCAAGCAACGACGUCGACUUCGACGCGUUCUGGGAAGAGGAAAGUCGCAACAAGACGCGCAAUCGAAUUCGUGUCGGCCGCCAAUAUCAGGCGUCUGUGCCGGCGCUUCUCAAGCCUGGCGAGAGUGAUAACCGCCGACUCGAGGAUCUGGAGACAUUGCGGUGGCGACCUGAGUCGUUGAGCGACCAAACUAUCCAGGAGUAUCUAUCAAUGGCCAAGGCAGUCAGCGUCUUCAGUCGCACUCUGGAGCACCGAAGUCACGAGAACCUGCAGAGCGCCAUUAGAGGGCUGACCGAGUUUGUCAUGAGCCAUCAUCCGUGUCAUCGUGACGCGGGCUGCCGCAUGUCGGUCAAAGCCAACUGGACUAAUAGGGAAGCCGAACUGCUGGCGUGCGCUAUCGACCGAUGUGAGAACGCCAACCGGAAGAAGCUUGCAGAACCGGAAGAUGAAACUGGCAGCGAGUGCGAGGAUGGCGCCGAAGGAGAGGACGGCGCGGACGAUGAUGAUGCAGUGCUGGGUGACGGGGAUGGUGCGGCGACAAGUGACAACGACCACGACGGUAGCGCCGGCAGUGCGGCUGGCACGGGCUGUACCGAUCCCGACGUCGAUACGCCCGUUGACGAGAAUCCGCCGUCGGAGAUCAAACCAAUCCCAGCGCGAAUUAUUGGUCGCAAGUCGGAUAACCAGCAACAUCUGUUACUGGGGGGUGGUGCGACCAAUACAGAAUCGUCUGCGCUAAUAUCUACUAGCGGCGGCUUAGGAACAGCAGGCAACGAUGGUGGCGGUAACGGCCGAGGGGGUCGAGAAGGAGCUGCGCAGACUAGUCACGGAGGGGGAGGAGCCGCAGGCACGGGAGGUGCAGGAGGUGGUGCUGCACCCGGCCAGGGCAGUCUUAAGUUCUAUCUAGGCGGCCAGCUUAUACUGAAGCUGAACCAUCAGGCUCACCAGGAGCGAAAGUCGUGGGUUGAAGCACCUGACAACCCAGCGCAGGUGACGUCGCCUGCCGCCGGCGGAGCCAACACCGGAAGCGGGAGCGGUGGCGGUGUUAGCAGUGUUGGUGGAGGAGGAAGCAGUAGUGGCAAACGGCGAGGGGGCCGUAAAGCCCAGCGUGCCUCGACCACCUCGACAGGAAUUGCGUGGCCGGAGCGUGGCUCACCCUCGCAAGAAAGUUCGAGUUCGAUCGACUCCCACAAUUCGGCCCCUAGCCACGGACCACCGACGCCCGGGUCCACGACCACCUCCACAGCAGCCGUACCAACUACGAACAGCGGGUCCACUGCCACAAAUAACAACGGUGGCAGCAACAGCAGCAGCGUCAGCAGUGCGAGCAGUAAUAACACUUCAGGCGGACAAUCUUCCUCCACUGCACAGCAGCAUAGCCAGCCUAUACCUCUUGACCUGUCCUCACAGCAAAGUUAGAGUUGUGACACCGAAACAGGCGGUGAUGUCGACAACCGCAACAACAACACCAACAACAAAAAUGACUAUUGUGUUCUAGUACAUAGUAAUAUUAAUGGUCAGUGUAUAUCUUGUAAAUAGCUUUUAGUGUAAAAGAGAUGAAAUAUUGAGAAUAAAGAUUGAUUAAUAGUAUUAUUAAUUAAGCUAAUAAUUAAAUGAUGAAUGAAAUAGGAGAUGGAUGGAUGGAAGGGUGUAGAGAAUCGCCGUGGAGAGAAACAGGUGAUUUGGGAGAAAUAAAUCGAGUUAAAAAGAAAGAACAAAAGAUGCGUUGAGAAAUCGUGCGCAACGGCGAUAAUGUAAAGGAGAUAUAAGCUGAAAUGGUAAACGUGAACGAAAAGAUUUGAGAUUCGAGUUAUAAACAGGAAAAACGACAACUUUGAAAAAAACUCCAGGAAAAUCGAUGGGGAAGGGGAAGUACGGAAGCGAGAAUGUACUGCUGAACUAUGAAGGAAACCGUAAAGGAUAUAUAACAAUGAAAAUGAUUGGAUGUUUAACAAUAAAGCUAUUAUUGUGUUCUCAUUUUAGAUUUCGUAUUUGUUUUGAUGGUGAUGGGCACAGGGUUAGGAUGACACACUUUAGUUUGAUUCGAACAGAGAGCAACGAGAAAUAACGACAUGUCUAGCUUGUGAUUUCGUACAGAUGGGAGACAUAUGGGCAAGCAGAAAGGGUUUCUGUUCUGCCAGACAAAUAUUAGAUAUUAGACUAAAAUAAAAUAAUAUUUAAUCAA